AUGACAUCAUCGAUCUGCUUCUGGAUAACGGUUCUUUACAGUUUCACAGUUGUUCGUUUCACAGCUGACAUCCAGCGAGUGCGCUCAUUCGCAUCCUAUCGACAAUUCGCAUUGGAUAUUUACGAAAAAAUCCUGGAAACAUCCACAGCACCGUAUAUCUAUUGCCAUAUGUUCAGCAUGAAUGGGUGCUCAACGUUUUGUGCACUAUGGGAUUUGCUGGAUACAGUGACAGAUUGCGAGGAAUUGAAAUCGAAAUUUAAGGGUCUGAUUUUUGACAGGUGUGCGCUUCAUCAUCAUCAUCAUCAGUUCAUUGCUUAG